CACUGAUAAACAAAGAAAACAACGCAAUUUAUAAAUUGAGAAAUUAAAAAAAAAUAAUAAUAAUAAAAUGAAACUUUUCAUAUUAACCCUAAUAAUCGCCCUAAAAGGGUUAAGUCAGGCCCAAGAGGAUUUAACCCAACUUUGUUUGGAUCAACCCUUGGGUCAUGUCUUGGCCCAUCCUUUAGAUUGUGGCCGCUAUAUUGUUUGCAAUAAAGAGUCAGAGCCUUCGGUAUAUAAUUGUGAAUUGGGUUUUCAUUUUGAUGCCCUACGUAAGGUAUGCAAUUGGCCUGAAUAUGCCAAUUGUCAAGUGGCCACGCCUAAUCAACAAUUCUUAACAACAGCCCAGCCAUGGCUUUCUUCACUAAUAGCUUUAGAUGUCUUAAGCGGUGAAACAAUUGAUCCUCUCACUAACUAUGAUCCCGAUAAUGUUUUAUGUCGUCAUUAUGGUGCCUAUUUUUUACCACAUCCACAAAAAUGUCGUUCUUAUUAUUUGUGUGCUUAUGGUCAUAUGCAUGAACACUCAUGCGGUGUGGGUACACUCUGGAAUUAUCUUACUCAACAAUGUGUUCUUAAUUAUAAUGCUGAAUGUUAUCAUUUAGCUGAUGAAGAAGAACAGGAAAUCGUAAAUACUUUAGCCACAACAACAGCUAAUCCUUUAAUGGUUUGUUAUACGCUUAGCACUACAAUAACAUCCACUAGGCCGACACAUACAAACACUACACCUUUUCCGACUCAAACACCACGCACUACUAAGCCCAGCAGGCCCACAGCAGCCACAACAACACGUUAUCAUCCAUCCACAAAACGUCCCAACUCUUCAAAUCCCUAUCAUAUUGUUUGUUCUGCCAAACGUCAGAGUUAUGCUGCUCAUCCCAAAGAUUGUGGUAAAUACUUUAUUUGUAUAAUGGGUACACCCGUAGAGACCUCAUGUCCGGUUGGUCUUUUCUGGGAUUCACAAAAGGAAUAUUGUGAUUUGCCCGAAAAUGUUAAGUGUUUCAGUAAAUAA